UUACUUCCUGCAUUGCCACUGUGUUGGUCUCUGUUCCCGAACCACACACCAAAGCUUCCAACUCCAAAAAGAAACUGCUUGACAUCGUGACCAAUCUGGAAAUGGGGGCAAAUGUCGAUGUCGAAGAGAGUGCUGUUGCGAACCCACUUACCAACAACCACAAUGAUUCCGAGGACACAAUUCCCAAUGAGCUAGAUCGCCCAACUGAAGAGAAACCCUCUGACGAAAGUUACGAUACUGGUCUCACUGCAUGGCUGCAAGUGCUUGGUUCUUUUUUCCUUUUCUUCAAUUCAUGGGGUGUAAUCAACACAUGGGGUGCAUUUCAAACAUACUAUGAACAAAAUCUACUUACAGAUGUAUCGUCAUCGUCUAUUGCUUGGAUUGGAUCGCUACAGUCAUUCCUUCUUAUGCUUUUGGGAGUCGUGACUGGUCCGCUGUUCGAUGCUGGCUAUUUCCGUGCGCUCAUCUCAUUUGGUGCACUCAUGCUCCCUUUUGGCCUGAUGAUGACCAGUCUCUCUUCGACAUUCUGGCAAUUGAUUCUCAGUCAGGGUAUUUGUAUUGGUCUGGGAAGUGGAUGUUUGUUCGUGCCGAGCGUCGCCAUUUUGCCCCAAUAUUUCAAGAAAAGGAGAGCACUGGCGAAUGGAAUGGCAGCCGCUGGCAGCAGCAUUGGGGGGAUCAUCUAUCCGAUUACUUUCUCUCGGUUGCAGAAAUCCAUUGGAUUCCCAUGGGCGGCUCGUGUUAUAGGGUUUCUCGCCUUCGCAACGUGCUGUAUUUCUCUGUCUAUUAUGCGGGUGCGAGUCUUACCACCAGAGAAGCGCAAGCUACUUCAAUUAUCUGCCUUCAAAGAACCACCCUAUGUGCUGUUUUGUAUGGGCAUGUUCAUGGGCUUCCUCGGAUUCUACAACUUCUUGGUGUAUAUUCAACCAUACGCCCUUGAUUCCAAUAUCGUUGAUGCCAACCUGGGUUUCUACCUGCUUUCAAUUCUCAAUGCUGCCAGCUCCUUUGGUCGAGUAGGACCGAAUGCCCUUGCGGACAAGACUGGACCAUUGAACGUGCUCACACCUUUCUCUACCGCCACGGCCAUUCUGGCCUUCGCUUGGAUAGGUGUUCACAACACACCUGGAAUAAUCGUCCUAACCGCAUUGUACGGGUUCUGGUCUGGUGGCUUUGUGUCUCUUCCACCGGUGGUGAUGGCCACUAUGACCAAGGAUAUCCGGGAUUUGGGAACUCGCCUGGGGCAGGUUUUUGCCAUCACUUCUAUCGCAUUACUGGUCGGUACUCCAAUUGGAGGAGCUAUCUUGAGCAGCACCGGCUCAUACCUCGGUGUCCAACUUUUCACAGCUUGCUGCCUUAUAUCAUCUGGUAUGCUCUUUGCAAGUGUCCGAUUCCUGCGCUCAGGGGGCCGGCUCAUCGCGCGUGUAUGAGGUUGAAAUUUGCAUUUUUGCAUACCGCUUGAACUCAAAUGAUUCACGAAUACAAAAAACAAACAGAUGAGAACACUGAACUUUUCAUUUUGGCAGUCGUCUUGCAAGAAACAAUACAGCAGUGCGUAUUAUCCGCUAAAGGACUGUAUCGGCUACAGUUUUCUCCAAUAUCCAUUUUUUCGCCAAUUCAAGCAGCACAGAACAAAAGCAUCAGCAUUUUCGGGGUUUUUGCGCCAUAUGAUACCAUUUCAGCAUGCACAUACAGUGAUGCGGGUUACAAAAGU